GACCCUCCGCCACACUACCCCUUUUUCUAAUUUCAUAUUCUUCUCGUAUUCUUCUUCACUCCAAAACCUUUCAUUCACCAACCCAAUGGACCCCACACCCUCCUUCCACCGUCGAUUUCCUUCCAACUCCGACCGCCUACUCGGCGCUUUCAAUUUCUCUCCUCCUUCCUCUGUCACCACCUCCGUUGGUGACGAGCUCAACGAAGCUGAACUGUUCUGGUCAUCUGACAGCUCCGAAUCUGAAAAUCAAAAUCAAAAUCAACGGCCAGCGCCUCAACCGACUGAGUUGACUCGUCACCGGAGUUUCGAUCUAUCUCAAGACUCCGGCAUCCUCGCUGUCCUAUCAGGUCCAGACAACAACCGUGAUUCACCACUGUUUCGUGGUAAAUCUCCGGUUUCGUCUUCGAGAAUGAUUCCGUCGUUUCCGAGACCUAGACCUUCUUCUGGCUACAACUCCGAGCAAUUGGUUCAGUCUAUGCCUUCUAGAAAGUUCCAGCAAUCUGCUCCUGUGAAGGUUCCGGUUCUGCCACCGAGUCAGUUCACUAGACGGCGGAACAUCGAUGCACUUGCGGUGUUGGAUGAUGAUGACGACGACGGUGAGGAGUUGUUGCCGCCGCAUGAGCUUGUGGCGAGAGGCUCUGGAGUCUCGCCGAGAACUACUUUUUCCGUUUUGGAAGGAGUUGGGAGAACUCUUAAGGGGAGAGAUCUCCGUCAGGUGCGAAACGCGGUUCUGCGCCAAACCGGUUUUCUUGAUUAAACCGGUUUUUUUAUUAAACCGUUUUUUUUCUGAACUGUUUGUUUGUUGAUAUGUGUUGUUGAGGUGGUGGAAGUUUAAUUUUGAUAGCUUCUUUACACCAUUUUAUUCAUGAUGAUGAAUUAGGAAAUUUGAAUUUUGGUUAAUUAACUUUGUUUUUAGAUGCUCUUUUUGUUCUAUGCGAUUUAUAAUUUCUGGAAAUUACAUAUAACUUUGUUGA